AUGACGGGCACGGGAAGCAAUCCCGGCAGCCCUAGCGCGGGCCGUUCUGACAGCCCGCGACGCGACACUGUCGGCGCUUCUGCAUCUGCGACACCAACGGCUGGCGGCUCUAGUGCGGAGCAAAGUACGACGACAGUCUUGGAGACAACGACGACAUCGCCUGAGCCGGCUUCAGCUGCUUCAAGUAUCUCCGGUGUUCCUACGGGAGCCCCUGUCGGAGCCCCUGUCGAAGCCCCUGUCGAAGAACCCCUCGAGGCUGGCGGCACCGACGAUGACGACGAGUUUACGCCAAGUAUCUUUGACGGAUCAUCGAUAGCGGACGACAGGACUGAUUCGACGUCUCUGAACUCCAGCGUCUACGAGCACAGCUUCCAGCACGGUAGACGUUACCACAAGUUCCGGCACGGGCGGUAUCCGAUUCCCAACGACGAGACGGAGCAGAACCGCGAGGACAUGCUACACGCGAUGAUGCUGGAGGCUACAGACGGCAAGUUGUACUUUGCGCCCAUCGGCGAUAACCCGCAAAAGAUUAUUGACCUUGGUACGGGGACGGGUAUAUGGGCAAUCGAGAUGGGAGACAUGUUCCCAAGCGCAGAGAUUCAUGGGCUUGACUUGAGUCCCAUUCAGCCCGUUUGGGUACCACCCAACGUCAAGUUCUUGGUCGACGACGUCGAAGAUACCUGGUUGAACGGCAGGAACUUUGACUUUGUUCACUUGCGCAACAUGGUACCAGUGCUAAAGUCGCCAGUUGGCCUACUGAGGAACGCAUACGAGCACAUGAAGCCUGGCGCCUGGGUCGAGCUUCAGGAUGUUGACGGCCAGGUUCACUGCGACGACGGCACGAUGCCUCCUGACUGGCCUCUUGUACGCUUCACAAACCACCUUGUAGAAGCAUUCGCAAAGUUUGGGACAAACUCUCACGCCGCCGUGUUUGGACGGCAGUAUUUGGAAGAGGCCGGCUUUGUCAACAUCCAACAUCAUACGGUGAAGUUGCCGUAUGGUACAUGGCCCAGGGAUAAAAUCAUGCGACUAAUAGGGAUGUACUACCGCACGGCUUGCGAAGAGUUCUUCCCCGUAGUAGGCGCCAUCCAUUUUCAAAUGAUGGGCUGGAGCAAAAUUCAGAUGGAGGUUCUCUUCGCCGAAUGCCGGAAUGCCAUGAGAGAUCCCAAUGUGCACGCCUACGGCAAGAUGCAUUUCUGGAGCGGGCAGAAACCGCUCUGA